CCGCUUCAGUCCAACGCCACCGGCUGAGCGGUGCAGAGCAGCGGGGUCUGCGGCUCUCAACUUCGGACUAACUGGGUUCAUCUGGACCGCGUCGCAAUGCUGCUGCUGCUGCUGCUGCUGCUGCAGGGGAGACGCUCUCCGCCGCGAGCUGCACUUUUACUAAUGUUUCACCUCCUGGAGCCGAGCGUGGUGCUCGCCUUCAACCUGGACACCGGCCAUGUCAUCAGGAAAGGCGGAGAGCCGGGCAGUCUGUUCGGCUUCUCUCUCGCCAUGCACCGGCAACUCAACCCGGAUAAAAGAAUGCUGUUGAUCGGGGCUCCCAGAGCCAGAGCUUUAGGAAAACAGACAGCCAACAUCACCGGAGGGCUUUAUAAAUGUGAAAUCUCCCAGUCUAAUGAUUGUGAACGCAUUGAAUUUGAUAAUGAAGAGGACAUACGUGUCGAGAACAAGGAGAAUCAGUGGAUGGGGGUGACGGUUCAGAGCCAGGGACCUGGGGGGAAGAUUGUGACGUGUGCUCACCGCUAUCAGAGGCGCUUGUUUGUGAACACCCCUCAGGAGUCCCGGGACAUCACUGGGCGCUGCUAUGUCCUGAGUCAGGACCUGACCAUCGACACGUCCUCCGAUGAGGACGGAGGUAGCUGGAACUUCUGUGAGGGCAGAGCCAGAGGCCAUGAGAUGUUUGGGUCGUGUCAGCAGGGCUUGGCUGCCACUUUCACCAAGGACUACCAUUACGUAGUGUUUGGAGCACCGGGAGCGUACAACUGGAAAGGCAUAGUGCGAGUGGAGCAAAAAAACAACACACUGCUAGAGAUGGGGGUGUAUGAUGACGGCCCGUAUGAAGUUGGAGAUGAGCAUCUCUUGAACCCCGAACUGGUGCCUGUACCAGCCAACAGUUACCUCGGAUUCUCCCUUGAUUCGGGACACAGCAUUACCAGGAGUCGUGGCCUGACGGUGGUAGCUGGAGCACCCAGAGCCAAUCACAACGGAGCUGUGGUCCUGUUGAAGAAAGAGAGGGAAGCCUCUGCCAGACUCUCUGUGGAGCAUGCGCUGCACGGACCAGGUCUGGCAUCCUCCUUUGGAUACGACGUGGCUGUCGUUGACCUGAAUGGUGAUGGAUGGCAGGACAUAGUCGUAGGAGCCCCUCAGUUCUACAUGAAGGACGGGGAUGUAGGAGGGGCUGUUUACGUUUACAUCAACAAGGCAGGGAGGUGGGAUAAGAUCACUCCCAUCCGCCUGAAUGGAACCAAAGACUCCAUGUUUGGGCUGGCAGUGGAGAACAUUGGAGACAUCAAUCAAGACUCAUAUGAAGAUAUUGCCGUCGGUGCUCCUUAUGACGACGGCGGGGCAGGAAAAGUCUACAUUUACCAUGGCUCUGCACAAGGAAUCAACACCAGCCCUGCACAGAUCCUUUCAGGAAAAGACCACGAGCUCCGGUUAUUUGGUUAUUCCCUUGCAGGGAACAUGGACCUGGACAGUAAUUCUUAUCCCGACUUGGCUGUGGGCUCUCUGUCUGACACAGCUCUAAUUUACAGGGCACGGCCGGUCAUUAGCCUCAGGAGAGAUGUCAAAAUAUCUCCGCAGGAAAUUGACCUCACAGUCAAAGCCUGUGGUAACAGCAUUUGCUUCACCGUGGACGCAUGUUUCUCCUAUAUUGCAAACCCUGCAUCUUAUAGCCCAAGACUAACCAUCAGCUAUUCUGUGGAGGCAGACGGAGAUCGCAGGAAACAGGGGCUGCCCUCCAGAGUGACGUUCAUGAACAAAUCUCGCGCCGACACGGACUACCACUUUAACGGCACCAUAGACCUGCGGGGCCAAAACCAGGAAAUGUGCAUCAAGAUAAAAGCCAACCUUAAGGACAAUAUCAAGGACAAGAUGCGUAGUAUUCCUAUCGAGGUGUCUGCAGAAAUUUUGGGCACAAAGCGACAGAAGUCAAGGAACGGCCUCCCUCAGCUUAUGCCAAUAUUAGACUCCUCUCAACUGAGCAAAGAAACCAUUGAGGUCAACUUUGUAAAAGAAGGAUGUGGAAGUGAUCAUGUUUGUCGCAGUAACCUGAAGAUGGAGUACAAACUAUACUACAAACAAAACAACAUGCACGACCUACUAAUCAUCAGGAACAACAUCCCUGUGUUUCAUUUGAACUACGAGAGGAAGGACUUGGCUCUGCAGGUGACGGUGAACAACAUGAAUGGAGACGACGCUUAUGAGGCAAAGCUGGUGGGGACUUUCCCAGAUACACUGUCGUAUUCUGGAGUCCGCUCAAAUCAAACAGUGCCGAUCAUCUGUACUGCCAAUCAGAACGGCUCUCAAGCCGACUGCGAGCUGGGAAAUCCUUUUAAGAGAGACUCGGAGACUACAUUUUACAUCAUCCUGAGCACUGUGGGCAUGAGUCUCGACACGACAGAGAUCGACAUUGACCUGCAGCUCCACACGACCAGUGUGCAAAAAAAUAUAGCCACUGUUAAAAUAAAGGCUCAAGUAGUGAUUGAAUUGCCGCUGUCAGUCAGUGGGGAGGCCAGUCCUAAUCAGGUUUCCUUUGGAGGUGUUGUGAAAGGAGAAAGUGCCAUGAAAAAGGAGGAAGAGAUCGGAAGCUUGAUUAACUACACGUUCAGAAUAAACAACUUGUGGAAGUCUUUGAAGCCUUCUAUUAAAGCCUCACUACACAUCCAGUGGCCAAAAUUGAACAAAGAUGGGAAAUGGCUCUUGUACCUGGUGAGGAUCACCGCUAAAGGACAGGAGGACAUCCGCUGCUCUCCUGAGUCGGAGAUCAACUCUCUAAAACACAUCCAGGAGUCCGCUGUGUCCCGGACAAAACGAGAAAUUGAGAGAAAAGAAAGAAAAUCUGGAGGAAAAAGGUCUUCUCUGUCAGACAAAAAUAAAGUGUUGACGUGUGAGAGGGAGAUCGCAUGUGUGGUGCUCAAGUGCCCCCUGCAGGGCCUGGACGGUACAACAAUUGAGCUGAGGUCUCGUCUGUGGAACUCAACCUUCAUUGAGGAUUAUGCCUCCGUUUCGACCUUGCAUAUAGUUGUGAAGGCCUCGCUCGUGCUGCACUCUCAGACCGAAAACAUGAUCCUGAAAACUACCGACAUUGAUGUGACUGUAGCAGUCUCCCCGGAGAGUGCCGUAGCGCAGUAUGGCGGAGUUCCCUGGUGGAUCAUACUGGUGGCUGUUCUCGCCGGCAUCAUGAUUCUGGCUUUGCUGGUGUUUCUGCUCUGGAAGUGUGGAUUCUUCCAACGCUCCAAACAAGACAGCAGCGUCCCGCGUUACCACGCAGUGCGGAUCAGGAGGGAAGCUCCUGAGUAUAAAGAUGGAAAAGUCAGGCUUGAUGCUUUUGAUAAAAAGCAGUGGAUGACGACUUGGAUCGACAAUGAAAGCUACUCAUGAAUCAUUGUUUCUGUUUAAAUGAUUUUGGCAGAUGGGAAUAAGCUGUUUUUCUUAAAUAGUGUCAUGGCACAAAUACACUGAACUUUUUCUUUCCAUUUUGAACAUGAUGCUCAGUGAUUUAACCUAGUUGGUUUGACGUCUUUGAAUUUUUACACUGUAUUGAUGAUGAGCUUUUUUCGUACUGUAAGUUUUGUAUAUAUUUAAAUACUUACACACACACACAAACACUGUAUAUUUAUUUUUUGAUAAAAAAAGAAUUAUGCAGCCAAAGAGUUUUUGUAGUCUUAUGUCGGCCCUGGAGUAGAACAACAAAGGGCAAAGUUUACUGUUUUAAAAGAAGUUGUACUGUCUUCAAUGUCUAUGCAAGGAAGGUACAGCUAGCUCAGUGUAAUAUGAAUGUAAAUAAGUACACUUUUUUUUUAAGUUUGCCUUUUAUCAGCUAGUUUCAGUUUCCAAAAAAUGUCCUUCAAUCCUCUUUGGAAAGACAUCUAGGUACAUUAUCAUGUCAGUGAUUCAUAGUGUACAAAUGGCCACAACUGGCUCUAAAUGCAAGUGGAGGUUUCUCUUUCAAAUGUGUUCAUCACCUCUUCUCACCACUGUGGCUUUCAGGUAGCAUCCACUGUGCUGUAGGUUAUCACUGAAGUAUGAUGUUGUUGUUGUAUAUAAGGAAUCCAAAGGGAAGCUGGUGCAAAGCAAUUUAUCUGUAUAGAUUUAAUUCAAUUGAUACUUGUCUUAUUUGUUGAAUUGCCAAGUAUAAUAAAAUGCUUAAAUCUGA